UUGCGAAAUGUAAAUCAUUGUUUUCCUGUAAAUUCCAAGCAUGUUUUGACUGAAGUUGAUGUAAUUUAAGUAAAAUAGCAUCUAAAAUAGUCUGAUCGGGGUAGAAUAUUUAAAAAUCGCUUAAAAAAAUGGUUUGUGCUUGUAAAAAUCGGUCGAAAAAGUGCAGCAAAAUACGGAACAGAAACAAUAUUAACAAAACGUGGGUGCACUAGAAUGCCCGAUGCAUUUUUGGAUAAACAAGGGAAAUCAUCAGGGGCAUUACUGGCCAAGGGGUUGUUCUUUGGUUCGUCCCCCACCGGAAGCUGUAGUAGACUACCUUACUAGAUAUCAGUUACCUCGUCCUAGGGGAUUGUAUCCCAAGCCCAUGGUAACGCCAGUCCGCAGAUUUCAGUCCCUCGAAAGCGUUACCAACAACACACUGCGAUAUGCAAGGUCUCCAUACCAUCGUCCCAACAACAGAUCCGCCGCUUCGAACAAUCCACAUAAUAUUUUAUAUUACCACAAUUCUUCCAAUGUGCGAAUUCCAAGACUGGAAAGAGCCACGCCAGAUAGAGGCAAUGUCCAGACCAGUCCGCAUAUGAUCGAGAACAAUGUCCUGAAAUCGUACAUAUGCAAAUUCAAAUUCGGAUUGUUUGUGUUCGCCUUCAUGUCCGUCUUAGUAUUUUUUGGGGCCAAUUUCUUAACUACAGGGGAAAUAUGGAGAAUGGGAGUUGAAGGUGGUGUAGUUAUUGCCAUAGCUUUUAUAGUACUAAUGAUUGGAGGUACCAUAUUGUUAUAUUUGAGUGGUUACGCAAGUGCUAGCCAAGAUUUUCCCGUCAUCCAACAGAAUUCAAAUGAUUCUACUGUCAUAGAGCAGAAUCGUCUAGAGGAGACUCCUCCUCAUCAAGAACCAACAGCCAACCAUAUUUCCGUGCACCAGGUAGAUGUCCAAGAAUUACCCCCUCCUCCAUAUCAUAUAGCCGUAAGAUUAUCCAACCAAAACCACACCGAAGGGAUCCAAAUAUUGGACGAUCAAUCUCCCCCACCACCUUACGAAAAAGCGAUCACUUGAAUCUUAACCUAUAUCCAGGUUAUAUGGUGUUCAUUUUAGUCUUCUUCACAAUAAACCGAUGUCCAUUUUUAUUGCCCUUUUUUUAUGGCAUGGUGAUGUGAAUGGUAGCACUGGAACAGUUGGCAAUAUGGAAUGAAACAACUUUAAAACAAACAAUAAUUUAAAAAUUCAGGCGAAUUUGUUUUAACGGUAGAUAUUAUCUGAUCGAGAUAAAUUUAUUUUUAUAAUUCUUAAGGAAGGCUGAGGGUGUGGUGCUACUGUUGCGCGCAAUAGUUUAAUACAAAAAAAAUAUAAAAAGACACGAUUCGUUUUGGAGGUUUUCUAAAUAUCCAUACUCUACCUAUGUGUAAUAUUUUAAAUAUAUGAAAAGCUUUUACCUUUAAAACAAUAUUCAUCCUGUUUACCCCUGACUUUAUUACAUAUACCCAUACAGCUACUACAGCACAAGUUGUGACGUCACUUAAUAUGUAUUGGGCAUACAUACGAGGGAAGUCCAAAAAGUUUCUUACCUCACCAUGUAUACUGAAACAUCCAAUCAACAAAAUCUCAAGCAUCUCUCGAAAAAUGACCACUCUAAGAUUUCAGCCGUUUUCAUUGCUUAGUUAUUCCGUAUAACUGCAUGACUACCCUGCGUGUUUGUCAGAUUUAUACCCCAGCGACUUCAACGAAAUGUUUCAAAAAGAAUCAAAGAAAUCUGACAUUUGUCAUUUCCACUUUUAUUGAGUUUUCAUUGACAAAUUAAAUCUGCAUUUUACUUAUUUAAAACUGCGAUUUACAUAGCGAUAAAAUGGCAAAACCACUAAAUAGAUGGAAUCGGCAAAUCAACUUCAACAUUUCCGACUAUCCUCGUAUAUUAAUCCCGUCUACACUUAACAUAUUACCUGCCAGUUUUGUAUGUCAGGUAAAACGGAAGACCGGUAGUACUCAAAAGGAUCGUCACACGUAAAGUUUUACGUGUCAGGUAAGACUGGCAGGUAAACCGUUACGUGUAGACGUUGCUUUACAUUCAAAUUUAUAUAUUUAAAAAUUAUUAAAUGUUGCAAAUCCCCUAAGACUGUACUUAUAUGCCAAAGAUUGUUAGCUUUAAUUAUUUGUUUUUGUUUAAUAUAAAUAAUAUAGAAAAUUUUAAUUCUUACCAUAAUUUCUUCUAAAAUUAUACCGCAUGUUUCUGAAAAGUGGCUCACCCCUC